AUGAUAAAUUUUGAAACAUUUUUGUUAGUUAAUAAUAAAAUAUUAAAAUCUUAUUCUUUUUUCGAAAAUGUCUUGACAUAUUACAUUUUAAGAAGACUUGUUAAAUAUUUAUUAGUUAAACACUCAAAAAAUUACACAAUAGAAAUUUGUUCAUGUAACGAAUUAAAUGUAAAUAAUCUAUUUUACUCAAAAAAUAUAAAUUUUUACAAAAUUGAAAAUGACAAAUUACUUUUAAAUUUCUUCAGAAUUAUAUUAAGAGAAAAGAAGACAGAUUUUAAAAUAUAUUUUAAUAAACAUGAUAUAUGUUUAGAUAAUCAUUCAUAUAAAUGGAACGAUAACAUUUUAAAAAUAUUAUUUUUUUACUAUAAUCAAUUAAAAAAAAAAAAUAAAUUCAAGUAUUACAGAAAUUUUUUUUUAUCCUUUUCUACAUAUAUAUUAUCUUUGUUACAUUAUGAAAAUAAUAUUAUUAAAAAGAAAGACAAAAUAUUAUUUCUUUUUUUAUUUUUAUUAUUUUUCACAACAAAUUCCUCAAAGAAAAAGAAAAACAGGUUAAGAAAGCCCAACAUUCUCAAUAAAAAAAAUAAAAAUAACAUAUUCUUUAAUGAUUAUCAGGAAUUGUAUGAUAUCUUAUAUAUACAUUUUAAUAAAGUAAAAAUUAAAGAUAUACAAAAAUUACUUAAGAAUCAUUUAUUCCAUAUAUAUAUUUUUAAUGAAAAUGGAAAUGGAGAAAAAAAAAAUGAAAAAAAAAAAGUUUUAAUUUUAUGCAAAGAAACUUUGUUUUACCUUAAUGAAAUAUGUGCUAAUUACAUGAAAUUCUUUAAUAUGGAUUAUAAAAUAUCUAAUUUAAAAAUUAAUGAACAACUAUUAAAAAGUUUUUGUCUUUUUAAAUCCUUUCAUAACAAAUAUCGUAGUUUAUCAUUUUCGAAAAACUCUAUAAUGAAUAUAAAAAAAAAUAAUUUUUGUCAUUUGUAUGUUUUAUUAAAAUAUGUAUAUAAAAAUAAAUUCAUUUCAAUAGAAUGUAUGAAAAAGAUUACUUAUUUUUUAAGGAAGAAUAUUUUUUCUCCUCUUUAUUUUAGGAAAUAUUUAAAACUCUUCUAUUACAAAUUUUUUUAUAAUUAUAAAAAAUUAACAAAUAAUUGCUAUGUUGCUAAAUACAAAAAUAUGAAAAAAUGUCAAAAAAAAAAAAGAUUAUCUAUUAUUGAGACAAAUUAUAUUGAAAAAAAAAAAAAAAAAAAGUGUUCUUUUACUAUAAUUUGUAUAUAUAUAUGCCUUAUAUAUAAUAUUAAUUAUUAUAAUUUAUAUUAUUACUUAAUUAGUCUGUUAAAAAAAUAUAAAACCUUGAGUUUUCAUGAAAAAAUAAGUUAUUUUAUAGAUGAACUUGCAAAGAUAGAUGCGAAAUGUCAUUACAUCUGGAAUAUAAAAAAUAUUCUUUUUUAUUUUUACGUUGAUAUGUAUUUGAAAGAAAAUUGUAAAAUUAUAAAGAAUGGCAAGAAUGAAAGAAAUACUUCAAAUAUUUUUUUAUUUUUUCUUAGAAUAAUUAUUAGUUCAAACAAAUAUAAAAUAUAUAAGAAAAAAAAGAAAUUAAUAUUUACGAAAAAUAUAAUUAAGACAAAAAUAUAUAAUAAAAAAGGAGGUUUUAAAAAACAUAUAAUUGAAAAAUUAUAUAAUAAGAGGAAUGAGAAUAGUUUAUUGGAUUUUGGAUAUAAUGUUAUUUAUUACAAAAAUAGGAAUAAGCAUAAAUAUGUUAUAUUGAAAAAUUUUCUAGAAUAUUUAAAUAAGAAUUUUGAUUCAUUUUUUAAAAUUUUAGAGUGUAAAUCACACAACUAUAUGGCUGCAUCUCAUAUUUUUAUUCUAUAUAAUUUUCUAUUCUUUUUUUGCUUUAAAAAAAAAAAAAAAAUAAAAAAUAAUUUCCAUUCAAAGCUUUAUUCAAUGAAAAAAAAUUUUUAUAAAAAGUAUAAAAUUAUUUUACAUAAAAAUAUUUACUACUAUGCUUUUCAUAAUAUGUAUCUUUUACUUUACAUUCAAAAGAUAUACUAUUUCUUAAUUGAAUAUUUAAAUAAUUUUUUUUUUGUGAUAUUUAAAAAAAACAUGUACACCUAUAAUUUGAAUUCAUUAAUUUUUCAGAAAUCAUAUAAUAAACAUAUAUUCCCAAAUGAUUAUAAAUUUUAUAGAAAAAAUUAUUACAAUUGUGGCGAUAUUUAUGAAAUUUAUAAUGUAUAUAAUAAUAAUUAUUUGCAUUGUUGUAAAUUUAAUAAUCCUUAUAAAAAGAAAAAUAACAGUAUUGUUACAAAAAUUGGAAAAUAUAGUAGUUUUUAUCAUAACGUUGAUAAUAUAAAUAAUACAUAUUCUGAUAGCAUUUGUAAUAAUUAUAACUAUUGCAAUCCAAAAAAGAAUUUAAAUAAGUUAGCUAUUUGUAAAAAUUGUAUGGAUAAUGUAAAUAAAAAUUACUUUUUGAAUACAACUAUAAGAAAUAAAUCUAUAUAUAUAAAAAAUACAUAUUUAGAAAUUUAUAUAUUUUUACGAAAAAAAAAUUAUGGAGAAGAUAUUAACUUUUAUUUUUUGUAUAAUAGAAUAAAAUUUUUUUUAAUAAAUUUCAAAACUACCUUAAAAGACAUGAUAAAGUUUUUAAGUAAAUAUUAUAAUGAAAAUUAUUAUUUCAGUUUUUACACAAAUGCAUUAAGAAAUAUCUUUUAUUGCAUUUGUAAUUACAAUUUUUUUUUUCAUGAAUUAUUUUAUAAUUUAAUUAUUCCUUUAUUAUUUCAAAACAGUUGUUCUAAUAAAAAAAAAAAAAAAAAGAAAACAGUUAUAACUCUAUUUCGUGAUUUUGACUGCUAUUUUAUGAAAGAAUUAAAGUUUUUAAAAAAACACUACAUGAUAACCAAGAUUAAAUAUGAAAAAAAGUAUAAACAUACGAAAAUUAAUAAUCACCUCAUAAGAAGAUAUCUGAAUAAGAAUAAGUCAUAUUAUAAAUGUAUAAUUAACCAUAAAAAGUGGAUUACUAAUAAUUUUCAUAUUUUUUCUAUUAACAAAAAUCCUGAUAUAUAUAGCAUCUUAAUUUCUUUCAAUAAAAUAAAAAACAAAAAAAAAGAAAAACAAAAUGAUAAUUUUUCUGUAAAACAAUUUUAUUUCAUAUAUUUAAAAUGUGUAAUUACAUUAAUCCAUGAGCAUUCUAUAAAUGUAUAUCAUACCUUGAAAAAACAUUUCUAUACUGAAAAAAACAUUUUAGAACAUAUUAAUAAUCGCUGUAACAACUUAAGUAACCAUUUUAAUAAAAUUAACACUGAUUUAAAAAUAAGUAAUACAUAUAAUUAUUUAAAUUAUACAAAACAUAAUACAUCAAAAAAUAGAACAGUAAAAAACAAUAUAAGUAUUAAUAAUCAAGAUAAUAAUAUAAUAAAUGAUAAUAACAAAGACAACAACGUAAACAAUAAUGAAAAAUAUAAUAAAGUUAUUUAUUAUCUUAAUUUAAAAGAAAAUUUAAAUUUUUUAUAUAAAAUAUACAUAGAUAUUUUUCAAUUUUUUGAAAUACUUAGAAAAAAUAAUUUCAUAUUUUUCUAUAUUCUAAAAAAUAUUGCUCAUUUAUCAAAAAAAAUAAAAAAAAAUAUAUUUUUUUUAAAAUUCUUUUUUUCCAUUAAUUUUCUUAUGUUUUUAUGUGAACAUACAUAUAUAUUUUAUUUGCUUAAAGAAAUAUAUAAAAUUCUAAAUAUUGUUUUUAGUAAAAAAUUUUAUAUAUAUAAUUAG